GUGUCCCACGGAGCCGCUGUGUCCCUUGGGACAGUGGAUGCUCCACGGAGCCAUGUGGCUAUCUCACAGAGCCACGUAUCCUCCAUGGAUCACCCGUGGAGCCAUCCAUCUUCCACGGAACCACUGAGCAUCCCACGGAGCAGCCACUUUGGAGCUGUGGAUGCCUCAUGAAUCCACCUGUGUCCCCUGAAAACAGUAUCCCCACGGACACCCCACAGAAGCCCUGCACCUCCAGUCCCACCUCGGCAUCCCCUCCCGUGUGCAGUGCUCACGGCAGCAGCCCCCAGCCCCCCAGUUUUGGGCUCUUCCACCAAAUUCGUGGGAGCCCCACACGGGUAGCCAACAUCCCUGGCCCAUCCCAGGAGCCAGCUGGACUUCCCGGGCUGCUGUUGUUGGCCCAGCCAGACCCUUGGCAAUAGGGAAUUUUUGCCAUGUGGUUAAACCGGCUCCGGGUGCCAGCCGUGGGCGGAAGGGCCCUGCUUGCCCAGCGAUGAAAUCCUCAAGGUUGCAACAUGACCAAGGACUUGGGGGGACUUUGGGGACACACCCAGUCCUGUCCUGCAGGUGCCCAGUCCCUGGCCCCGGUAUGGCCCCUGCCGAAACCAGGUCAGCGCCGGGGCCUGUGCAACAGCUAAUCCUGCCGGUAAAUCCCCCCUGCCGGCACAUGUGCCAGGCACACGUGCCCAGAGCAGGGCCAAGACGGUGACCUGGCAUGGCAAUGACCGAGGGGGAGCAGUUGGAUUUUGGGUUACUGGGGUAUGGGUGUGGGCCUGUGUCACCCAGGCUGUCCCCAUGCAUGCCGUGGUCUUAGGGUGCAGGUGUGCGCAGGGCUGUGCGUGCCCUGCUCUCCCCAUGGCCGUGUCCCCACGUGUGUGCCUGUCCCCAUGGUACCCACCAUGUCCCUGUGGUACUCCCGUGUGCAUUCCUGGGGAAUCAGUGCCGGGGGAACCGCAGGGGGCUGUGUUCAAUGCCUGGAGCUGUCCCUGCCCCUGUUCCUGCCCCUCUCCUAGUGCCUCUCCCAGUCUCCCUGCUGGUCUUGGUCCCUAUUGCCAUGCCUGAUACUGUCCCGGUGCCCAGCCUGGCCCUGGCUCUCGUUGCUGUCUUGACCCCAGUCUGCACUCCCUGUCCUUAUCCUGAUCUUUGUCCUAACCCUCUCCCUGUCGCUGUCCUAGUGCUUGUCCUCAUCGUUUUUCUGGUACCAGUCCCCGUUCCAUUGCAGGUUUCCAGCCCUUGUCCUAGCCUCAGCCCUUGUCCCUGUCCUGGCCAUUGUGCCUGUCCCUGACCUCGUUCCUAUCUCCAUUCUGGUCCCAGUUCUUGUCUCUGCCCUUAUUCCAGUGGCAGUCCCUGUAGCUGUCCCCAUCCUUGUUCUGGCCUCUGUCCCUGCCCCUGCUCCUGGUGCCAGUCCUGUCUUGGUGCCUGUCUCUCUUCUGGUGCCUCUCUGCUUGUCAGAAUCACAGAAUCAGUCUGGUUGGAAGAGAGCUCCAAGCUCAGCCAGUCCAGCCCUUCACCCAGCACUGAAGGGUCAAUACUAAACCAUGUCCCUGGUGCCAGGUUCACAGGCAUGGGGACUCCAGCGCUGCCCUGGGCAGCCUGUGCCAAUGUUUGAGAACCCUUCAAGUGCAGAGAUAUUUCCUGAGAUCCAUCCUGAGCCCCUCCUGGUGCAGCUUGGAGCCCUUUCCUCUCCUCCUCUCACUUGCCACCAAGGAGCAGAGGCUGCCCCCUCCUCGCUGCUACCUCCCUUCAGGGAGCUGUAGAGAUCAAUGAGCUCUGCCCUCAGCCUCCUCUUCUCCAGCCUGCACGGCCCCAGCUCUCUCACUCUGCAGCCCCUCAGGGUCCUUCCUGCAGUGAGGGGCCAGAGCUGAGCGCAGCACUCGAGCUGUGGCCCCAGCAGUGCCAGCGCAGGUUGAUGAUCCCCUUCUGUCCCUGCUGCGCACAGUGCGGCUGACCCAAGCCAGGGUGACAGUGGCUUUCUUGGCCACCUGGGCACUGCUGAAUCAUGUUCAGUCGACUGUCAACCAAUACCCCCGGGCCGCCCUCCGAGGGGCAGCUUUCCAGCCGCACCUCCGCGAGUCUGUAGCUCGCCGUGGGGUUGUCGGGACGCAGGUGCAGGACUCGGUCACGCUGAACCUCAUGCAGUGAGCCUUGUCCCUGGUCCUAUUUCGGUGCCGGUUCUGGUCCCUGCCCCACCCCUGUCUCCAUGCCAGCUCUUGUUCGUGCCCCGGUCCUGGUUCCCAUCCCUAUCCCUGCCCCGGUCCUCGUCCCAGUCCCGUCCCCGCUCUCGGUGCCAGUCGAUUGCGGACCCUCGGUCCCGCAGCGGUGCCCCAGCGGGUCCUCCGCGGCAGCAGGGGGCGCUGCGCGGCGGUGCGGGGCAGAGCGGAGCGGAGCGCGGCCAUGGCGGCGGUGCGGGCUGCGCUGCUGGCGCCGCUGCUCGCUCUGUGCCGGGCCGGGCCGGGAGCGGGGCCGGGAGCGGGGCCUGCUGCCUGCGUCGAGGUGGCGGUGGCCGGGCCGAGGAACGAGGUCGGAGCGGCUGCGGGGCCCGCUGCCUGCGUCGAGGUGGCGGUGGCCGGGCCGAGGAACGAGGCCGGAGCGGCUGCGGGGCCCGGCGGCUCCUACAAGUUGCGCGGGGCCGUGCUGGGCGUAGGGAGCGGCCGAGGCGGCCUCGGGGAGGAGGAGGAGGAGGAGGAGAUCCGCGGGCGGCUACUGCUGGUGGGAGAUGCGGAGCCUGAGCUGGGUGCUGCUGACCCCUGGAUUGGCGUGGUGCCCGUGGGUGAGGAGCCGGCCGAGGGCCCCCGCGGUGCCAAGGAAGAGUCCUUCACCGCUGCUGUUGUCAGCAAGAUGAAGCGAGCCCUGGUGCUGGGGGCAUCGGCCCUGCUGAUCCUGGCGCUGAACCAGAAUGCCAUCCGGGAGCUGGAUGUUUCCCAGCUCCUUGCCAAGCCUGUGAUCGUGAUCCAGUCCUCAGACAACGUCACCAAGCUGCUGGGAGCACUGCUCCGGGGGCUCCGGGCUACAGCCAGGAUCACCUACCAGGCAGUGCUGCUGGAGAACCUGGGAGUGACCCUCACCCUGUGGUCCACCUGCGGCCUCUCCCGAGGAGGUCUCUAUGGGGAGUGGCAGGGAGUCAUCUGCACGGGGGAGAACAGCUCGCAGGUCCAGAAGUACCUGCAGCAGCUGUGGAACACCAUCCUGCUGGUGGCCCUGCUGCUCUGCACCGGCCUGGUGGUGCAGGCCCAGCGGCAGUCGCGGCAGGACCCCUCGGAGCAGGAUGCUGAGCUGGACCUGAAGCAGCACAUUCGGCGGCGGCUGCUGGCGCUGGAGACUCGGCGCUACCACCCGGGCAGGGCACCGCGGGGCCGCGAGAUGGACAGCUGUGCCGUCUGCCUCGACCAGUUCCACAGGAGCCAGUGGCUGCGGGUGCUGCCCUGCUCCCACGAGUUUCACCGGGACUGCGUGGACCCCUGGCUCCUCCUGCAGCAGACCUGCCCUCUCUGCAAGCACAACAUCCUGGGGAACUGCAGCGUGGAGAGUUAAGCUGCCCUGAGGGACGUGCUCCGGGGACCGCCCCUUGGCUCCUGGGCCAGCCCCAUCGCUGCUGCGGGGCCAGGGAGGGGUGCAGGGGGUGCUUGGCACUCGCUGCUGGAGCGGCCUCAGGCCCGUGCAGAGAGCGGAGGAGCUCAGGGCUUUCUACCUGCUGGGCAUCAUUAGAGGGGUGGGAGGGGUCCGGGUGGUGCCAGGGGGCUGGGGGAGUGGGUGCCAGGUGAGGAAGCAGCGGGGGCACCCAUGGGUGCAGGGGGGUGGGAGGCUGGCAGCGAGGUGAGCCCUGUACCAGCUGCACUCCUUCCCUGCCCACAGUAGUUUCAGUAAGGCUCUUGUGUUUCACCUGUAGGUGCCAGUGGCCCUGGUGGGGUGGGCAGAGCCUGGCAGGGCAGCCCAGCUGCGGUGUGAACUCCACACCCAGGUGGCAGAUCUGACAGAGACAGGGACAGAGCUGUCAGGGCUGCAGGGUGCCCACCCUGGGGGGUGAAAGCUGUUAUCUAUACCAGCUUCCUAGAGAGGUUGGCACCAGGCGGCUGCAGCGCCCGAGCACAGGGCGUGUUUGGUUGGCAUGGGCUCAGCUGUUUGAACUUGAUGACUCCAACAAGCCCAUGUGUGAACUCAGCUUGUGUGGGGACUUGUGUGGCCCAGCACGGGUGUGCUGUGGGGGCCUGGCUGGCUCCUGCCCUGCGUGCUGCCCGCAGGAUGCCAGCCUGCAGCGCCGCACGCCUCUGUCUCCAUUAAAUGCAGAGCAAGGACAA